CUUUUGCAACGAGAUACCCUUAAGCCGACGGGAGCUGCAUGCACCUUUAGCUAUAUAACCGCCUGUCAACGAGCCCUGCGUCAUCGUUCUUGGCGUCAUAUUUUCGAUCAUCCAAAGGACACACAUCUACCUUGCGCAUGCGCCCUGUGCCCCUGAGAAGCGACAUAUCGAACUUCCCGAGAACUUCAAACCAGCCCGAGUCCAAGAGGUAGCCCCUCUCACCAAGUCCCCAGAAUGUCCGCGACGCCAAGCGCUAGCGGCGCGCCCUCGCCCCUACCCAUACCAACCGUCGAGAAACUGAGCGCCGCCGACCAGUUCCGAUCCGUAGUUUCUCAGCCUACCGUGGCUGCCUUUUGUGCUGGCGGUGUCGCCGGUGCCGUCUCCCGAACAGUAGUCUCACCUCUGGAGCGCCUAAAAAUCCUCUACCAGGUCCAAAGCAGCGGUCGCGAAGCGUACAAGCUUAGUGUGGGCAAGGCGUUGGCCAAGAUGUGGAGGGAGGAGGGCUGGAGGGGCUUCAUGGCCGGUAACGGCACCAAUUGUAUCCGUAUCGUGCCAUACUCGGCGGUACAGUUCGGAAGCUACAACUUCUACAAGAGAAACAUCUUUGAGAGGCAUCCGGGCGACUCCCUCACGCCCUUGUCGAGGCUGACUUGUGGUGGCCUCGCCGGCAUCACCUCAGUGACCUUCACCUACCCUCUCGACAUCGUUCGCACGAGGUUGUCGAUCCAGACCGCGUCGUUUGCGGAGCUUGGCGAGAGGCCACGCAAAAUGCCCGGCAUGUGGGAAACUUUGGUCAAGAUGUACAGGACCGAGGGCGGAUUCCCGGCUCUCUACAGAGGCAUAGUUCCCACUGUCGCUGGUGUUGCUCCUUACGUCGGUCUCAAUUUCAUGGUUUACGAGCAUGUCCGCCAAUACCUAACCUUGGACGGCGAGCAAAACCCUAGUGCCGUCAGGAAGCUGCUCGCUGGUGCGAUUUCCGGUGCGGUGGCCCAGACCUGCACCUAUCCCUUCGAUGUUUUGCGCCGCCGUUUCCAAAUAAACACCAUGUCUGGUAUGGGCUACCAGUACAAGGGCAUAUUCGAUGCCGUGCGCGUCAUCGUCACCCAAGAAGGGAUCCGCGGCUUGUACAAGGGAAUAGUACCCAACUUGCUCAAGGUCGCGCCUAGCAUGGCGUCGAGCUGGCUCAGUUACGAGGUCUGCCGUGAUUUCCUUGUGGGACUGAAGCCUGAGGAGACCAAGCUCUUGCAAUAGACGCCACGAGCUUGGAUCCAUACCACGAAUCCAACGAACAUCGACACCACCGAGGGCCCGCUGCCGAAAGCAAACAAAAACAGACAAUAGAAGUCAGUAAUAGAGGGGCAAUGAUAGAGCCCUUG